AUGGUCAAGCCCUCAGUACCAUCACUGAUACGAUCGCCGACGAUCCGCUCCCAGCAGCAAUCAGCAUGGUCACUCCUGGCGCCAUUGCGCAGCACCUGCUGCCGGCUCACCCCGGCCCAAGCGCAGGCCGCACAAUACCGCCUAGUCCUGCCCUGCCUGUCGCGCUCCUUGUCCUCAACGGCCAAUAGGGCUGUCAGCUCCGGCCCUACCCUCGCAGAACUCCAGCCUGCCAACCCAUUGUCAUUCGACUCGCUAGAGCCCCGAACGUUCUCCAUCAUCGCUCACGUGGACCAUGGAAAGUCCACUCUUGCGGACCGGCUGCUUGAGCUCACCGGGACGAUUCCAAAGAGUGGCGCCAAUCGGCAGGUACUCGAUCGGCUCAAGGUAGAGAGGGAGAGGGGUAUUACAGUCAAGAGUCAGGCAGUCAGCAUGACGUACGAUUACGAGACCCCGAACGCAGAUGGCAGCGUGGGUAAGAAGCGCUACCUUCUCAACCUCAUCGACACUCCAGGCCAUGUAGAUUUUGCCUACGAGGUGUCUCGCAGCUUGGCAGCCUGCCAAUCAGCACUGUUAGUCAUCGAUGCAAGUCAAGGUAUACAAGCUCAGACAAUUGCCAACUUCAGAGUGGCAAAGGCGCUCGGCCUUCCCCUCCUACCAAUUCUGAACAAGGUCGAUCUACCGGCCUCGGAUGUGGACCGAUGCCUUGUCCAGCUGGAGGAGCUGGGCAUCGAUACCGCUGACCCGGUACACCGACCCCUCAUGAUCAGCGCCAAGACUGGCUUGGGCGUGGAGGACGUAUUGAAGGCGAUCGUGGAGCGGACGGCAGCAAUGCCAGGCACAGAAGACGGAAAGGUGGAGGACAGGGAUGGGAAGGGGCUCAGAGCUCUUGUCUUUGACAGCUGGUAUGACUCCUUCAAGGGUGUUGUAGCUCUGGUGUCCAUCAAAGACGGAGCCAUGAAGAAGGGCAACUCCAUCGUCUCUGCUCAUUCGGGCAAAAAGUACGAGGUGCUCGAUAUUGGAGUCAACUACCCAGAUGCCAAAUCUACUGGAAUCCUGAGGAAGGGUCAAGUCGGUUGGGUCAUCUGCAAUAUGAAGGACAUGAGGGAAGCCACCAUCGGAGACACAAUGCAUCUGGCCAACGACAAGAUUGAGCCUCUAGAAGGUUUUCGACCUUCUGUGCCGAUGGUCUAUGCCUCUGCCUAUCCUGUGGAGACGACAGACUUCGUCAAGCUCGAAGAAGCCAUCAAUCGUCUGGCUCUCAAUGACCGUUCCAUUACCGUGCAGCGAGAAUCGAGCAUGGCUCUGGGGCAAGGCUGUCGCCUGGGCUUCUUAGGCACCCUGCAUGCAGAGAUCUUUCGCAGCCGGCUGAGCGAAGAGUACGGGCAGGAGAUUCUUGUCACUGCGCCUACCGUACCUUAUAGACUCACGCGGCCGAAUGGAAAAGUUUCCAUAAUCUCGAGUCCUAUUGACUUCCCCUCGGACGGUGAUCGGGCGAACAAAGCUCUCUUGCUCGAGGAGCCUGUAGUGCAUGGCAGGCUCACCUGCCCCGAAGAAUACACAGGAGAGAUGAUGCAGCUCUGCAGUGAACAUCGAGGCGAAGAACUCGACGUCAACUUCAGCGAGAUGACUGGACAGAAGAGACAGGUAGAGUUAAAGUAUCGGCUGCCGAUGGCGGAGAUCGUCACAGACUUCUUUCCGAAGCUCAAGUCGCGGUCAAGUGGAUAUGCUGGGUUCGAGUAUGAGAUUGCAGAGGGAGAGGAGUAUCAGAGUAGCGACCUCGUCAAACUAUCAUUCCAACUCUCUGGAACACCAAUCGACGCCCUCUCGAUGAUCUUGCACCGUUCAAAAGCCACAGCAGAAGGCCGCAUCUGGGCAAAGAAGCUGAAAGAUGUGGUGCCACGUCAGUACUUUGAAGUGGCUGUGCAGGCCUUUGUGGGCGGGAAAGUCGUUGCGAGGGAGACGGUCAGCGCGUACAGGAAGGACGUGACUGCCGGCAUGUACGGAGGAGACCAGAGGAGGAAGGACAAGAAGCUCAAGAACCAAAAAGAGGGGAGGAAGCGUAUGAGGGAGUUGAAUGUAGGCAGAGUUAGCAUACCCAGCGAGUCCUUCAUCAAGCUGCUCGACCGAUCAUCAUAG